AUGGCGAUCACUCCAAAGCCUACCAUUGGUUUUGUUGGCCUGGGUGCCAUGGGUUUCGGCAUGGCGACCCAUCUCAUCAAGCAAGGCUACACUGUCAAGGGAUUCGACUCAUGGGCUCCCACGUUGGCUCGGUUUAAAGAAGCAGGUGGAUAUGCUGCAACGUCGUUAGAUGAUUCUGCCAGAGGGUGCAUGUAUUAUGUAUCCAUGGUAGCCUCAGCACCCCAGGUUCAAUCUGCUCUGUUCGAUGACGCUGAACCCAUCGUCAACGCACUUCCACAGGGUGCAACCCUUAUUCUCUGCUCAACCGUGCCAGCCGCAUAUGCCCAGUCCGUCCGUGAUCAGUUAGCGGCCCGUGGCAGAGAUGAUAUCUCCUUCAUCGAUGCACCCGUCUCUGGUGGCGCUAUACGUGCGGCCAACGGGACUCUAUCGAUUAUGGCAGGAGGCUCAGAUGCGGCACUAGAACGAGGAGAAUUUUUGCUCUCUGAAAUGUCAGAUGCUGCCAAGUUGUAUUUACUCCCUGGCGGUGUUGGAGCUGGGAGUAACAUGAAAAUGGCCCAUCAGGUGUUGGCGGGCAUACAUAUCCUUGCCGCCAGCGAAGCUAUGGGCUUCGCUGCUCGGUUAGGCCUUGAUGCAGAGGAAGUUUGUAAUGCAAUCAUUGCCUCUGAUGCAUGGAGCUGGAUGCAUGAGAAUCGUUCACCAAGGAUGCUGAAGGAAGACUAUUUCCCCGGUGUUAGCGCGUUGACUAUCAUUCUCAAAGAUGUUAGCAUCAUCACGAACUCCGCACGCCUCAGUCAAUUCCCAGUACCGCUCUCCUCUAUUGCUGAGCAAGUCUACGUCUCCGGCCUAUCUCACGGUUACGGGCCAGAUGAUGAUGCUGGCAUGGUCCGCAUGUACUACCCUAACCCUAUCAGCAAAGCCACUUCGCCCACCACUAUGGCCCCAGAAUUCAAGUCCAAGGCUACGAAUCUCGUCAUCUCCCUCCUUCGAAACAUUCAUCUCUGUGCAGCCGCUGAAGCAGUUGCCUUUGCCCGUCGUCUAAACGUUGACAUGGCUCAGUUCUAUGAAUUAGUUAACGCAGCUGCAGGUGGUAGUUCAAUGUUCAAGAUCAAGGGUGUGGAGAUGAUUGAGGGGAUUAAGAAGGCUGGUCUACCUGUAGACAGAACGUUGAAUGACGCUACUAAUGAGCUCUCCGCUGUUGUGCAGGAGGCCAGAAACUUGGACUGUCCCUUGUACCUGGGGGCUGCGGCUUUGGGGAUAUUGCAUCAGGCAAAUCAUAGCGGAUGGGGCAAGGAUUCAGACUCCAGCGUCAUCGAGGUAUGGGAGAAGUAG